AUGGUAUCCGCCAUCUUAGGCAAAGAGAUGGCUUCAGACGCCUCAGCUGCUGUACAAGAUCAAGUCCGACCAAGGCCAUCAGCCCAAUAUACCACUCUCGCAAGUCCCGAAGAUUCAGCCUCUACCUUGUCUUCUGUCGAAAGCGAGGUCCUGAGUUCCGUUCCCGACAUGCAAGGGGCAAGUCUGACCAAAGUCGACGUUAAUGGUAUUCUUCGCUAUGGCUCUUUUGACGCCGAUGAAACUGGUCUAUCAUCAGUUGCUUCCGUGCCUUCUAUUAACAAACGAUCUUUUCAAGAGAUACAUAGCUAUCCCGAAAGCCAGGUAUCUGAUGACGAUAGACUUACGAAGAGACAGGCUCUAUCUGCUGAAAGUGCUCGUCCUUCAGAUAAUCUCACGUCUAGCAGUCGCUCAUCACUAUUGUCAAACAUCCAAGUCGAAACUCGGCCGAAUCCAGACAUUUCUGCUUCGCUGAGAGACGAUCGCAUACAAUCCGCGCCAAAAGCUCCCACACCAAAGACGAAGAAAUUCUCCAAGAUUUCAAGAUUAACGACUCAUGCUCGCCCAAGAUCGUCUAUUCCGAUACACAUGUCUUGGGAAGAAUACGGCAGACAAUGUAUUUCGGCAGCUCAUUCGUCCCGCCUGAACCCAUAUGCCCUGCAUCCAGGAGAAUACAGGCUCUUGCGAGACCACAUCACACAAGCUCAAGUCACGACGUAUUUGAAUAUCCGCAAUGGUAUUCUGCGUCUUUGGGUUCGAAAUCCCUUAGUCAGCGUCUCUAAAGAGGAAGCAGCUGGUUGUGCAAAGGAUAUACGCUUCUUUGACCUGGCCCAUACGUCGUACUGGUGGUUGGUCAGAAAUGGCUACAUCAACUUUGGCUGUGUUGAGGUACCUCAUGCAGGCAUCUUGAGCGCCAAGCGAAAAUCGAUACCGAGACAGAGGACAGUCGUCAUUGUAGGCGCCGGUAUGGCAGGCCUUGGUUGCGCGAGACAACUCGAAGGGCUAUUUGCCCAGCUCGGUGAUCAUUGGACCGAUGUUGGAGAAUUGCCUCCGAAAGUCGUAGUUUUGGAAGGAAGAAACAGAGUCGGUGGGCGUGUCUACUCACAUCCGCUUCGAGGACAAGUGCCAGACAGCUUACCAAACGGCCUGCGAAAUACCGCUGAGAUGGGCGCGCAGAUCAUCACAGGCUUCAAUCAUGGAAACCCUUUGAACGCAAUCGUCCGCGGUCAACUCGCCCUUCGAUAUCACCUUAUGUGGGAUGAGAUCACCAUGUACGACUCUGAUGGACUCGCAGUCAACCAUGAACGCGAUAUGAUGGUCAAUAAGAUACACAACGAUCUCUUAGAACGAGCUAGUGACUUUCGCGUGAAGCCAACGCCUGUGGAGACACUAGAGGGACUCCCAGACUACAUCGAUGUCUGCCAAGAUCCUGUGGAAAUCAAGACGGAUAGGACCAACGCUCCUACAUUGAACAAAGAAAGACAACAAGCCGUGCCUCCUGGCUUCGCGAAGCUCCAAGGAAGGACUCAGGUCGUCGCUGGCAACAGCUCGAGUCGGACAGCGGCACAAGCUGUCCGGUCUGCCGGUUGGCAAUUGCGACCUGGCAUAACAAAGAGACAUUCUCUCGCCCUCGACGCCAUAGCCACCGAGUCCGAUAAGCCAACAUUAGGCGCAACCAUGGAUGAAGCUGUUCGUCAGUAUCAAGAGCUUGUCGAAUUGACACCACAAGAUAUGCGUCUACUCAAUUGGCACUAUGCUGAUCUCGAGUACGCCAAUGCUGCUACAGUUUCCACUCUCAGCUUGGGUGGCCAUGAUCAGGACAGCGGCAAUGAGUUCGAAGGCAGACAUUCUGAAGUGGUAGGCGGAUACAUUCAGGUGCCUCGUGGUCUCAUGAUGCUCCCGUAUCCACUCGACGUUCGCUUCGGAUCAGUGGUAGAAAAGAUUACCUACAACACCAACGGUGACGACGCGGACAGCUCAGCAACAGUGUCGUGCUCUAAUGGAGAAACCUUCGAAGCUGAUCAAGUUAUUUUGACUUCUCCACUUGGUGUGCUCAAAGCAGAGACCAUAACCUUCGAGCCAGCUCUGCCAGAAUGGAAGAAAGGCGCUAUUGAAAGAAUGGGCUUCGGGCUUCUCAACAAGGUAACAUUAUCAUUUCACUCUUCGCAGAUCAAGCUGACUGUCUUANNGGUGGUAAUGGUUUUCCCACACGCAUUCUGGGACAGCCAAUACGAUAUGUUUGGUUUCCUCAAUGAUGCCGAAAACAAGGACAGUCUCAAUCCCGAUGAUUAUGCUGCACGCCGUGGCCGUUUCUACAUGAUGUGGAACUGCGAGAAGAACAGUGGUAGACCAGUACUCAGCGCCCUUAUGUCUGGCCGAGCAGCUCACGAGGUGGAAACCACAGACAACAAUGCGCUACUUGAAGAAGCUCUGGAGAAGCUCAGGCGCACAUUUGGAGCUGAAAAUGUUCCAACUCCUGUGGAAGUCAUCGUCACACGGUGGAAGAAGGAUCCCUUCGCGAGAGGCACAUAUUCAUUCGUUGGAUCUGCUACCAGUCCAUUGGACUACGACAUUAUGGCAGCGCCUGUGGGAAAUCUUCACUUCGCUGGAGAAGCUACUUGCGGUACUCACCCUGCUACCGUUCACGGCGCGUAUCUAUCAGGACUCAGAGCAGCUGCGGACGUUAUUGAUACGAUGGCUGGCCAAAUGGGAGUCCCAGAGCCUCUAGUGUUGCCUCGACAGAGCCUUGCAGUUGCUGGCCUCGAAGAUGCAUCUGAAUUCGCGAGUACAGAGUCACCAAUGAGAGACGCCUUCGGAGGCACGCCCACUGAGGCUCCAAGACGUGUAGGCAGACCUCCGGGCAGACCACCAGGACGACCUCCAGGUAGACCUCCAGGCAGGCCCAAGAAGGUAGUCGAACCUGCACAACAAUUACCAGCAGUGACACCGAAUCCACCAGUGCAGCCAAAUCCCUACAGAUCUUCGAUCAACAGCAAGUCUGUUGCAGAUGAAGCAUAUGAGGCUGCCAUCAUCGAUGCUAUCCUUUCUGAACUCGGCCCCCGUCCUAUCAAGCCUGCCAGACCUGGCGCAAGCGUCAAUCCGUACCUGUUGUUCACGAACGACUCUUGGGCACGAUGUAAGGAGGAAUUGAGCCUAGCGAAACAGAAAGCAAGUGGCGACAACACAGCUAAGGCUUUGCGAGAAGAGAUCCGCACCGAGGUAGGUCGACAAUGGCGGAUGUCAAGUGACGAAGUCAAGCGACCAUACAUCGAGCAAACGCAAGCCGCACAGCAAGCAGUAAAAGAGACUCGUGCACAAUACGAGAAAGCGGCAGCCCAGUGGGACCAAGACGCCCGAAGAAUCAGACUCAAAUAUCAGGAAGAGCACCCGCCUGCUAACGGGAACGAGUGGUCAGGCAGCACCAGUAUCGAGGUGGCACCCUUGGCACCUCCUAGACGCAAGCAAACCAUCAACUACACCGAAUUCGACGGCGAGUAA